AUGAGUUCAUUUUAUAAUCAUCAACCCAGGAGAAAGCAUUCUCAAACAUCAUUUUAUCUAAAGACUCUUCAUUGUCAAUCAUCACCAGUAAAAGAAUAUAAUAAGGACAACACUCAGCAAGAAUAUUUGUAGAAUAUGUUAAGAAUGUAAUAAAAAGAAAUCGAAAGAUUGGAACAUCAAAAUCGUAAUCUCUAAAUUCUGACCGAACAUUAAAGUAAAAUAAUUUAUUAAGAAAGAUAAAACAGGACUCACUUCAUUCCCAAAAUUUAAGAUAAAGAUACUAUGGGGUCUUAAUAAAUCAUUAAUAAGCAAAAGGUUGAGAAUCAAUUGGAUAAACCCAUCAGACUCUAAAGAAAAAACACCAUAAAUCGUAAAUUGACUGUGCUCUUCCAAUAGGAUGACACAUUCAAGUUGAAUUCUCUUUUAGAUCUGAAUAUAACUGACGAGGAAUUAAUCAACAACUAUUAGACUGAUGGUUCCUUAUCCUUAAUUGAAGAGACCCUUAAUGACGAGGAUUGCUUUUUGGAUGUCAUUCACAAUUAUCCUCCCCAGAAAGUUUCAAUAAUUUAUGACAAACUGAAAAAACUAUAUCAUGAACACAAUCUCAUGUUCCACAUCAUACUUAAACUCAAACUUCUCAUCUAAAAAGGAUUCAUGAUACAAAACAGUAAAUUACUGGAUGAAUCAUUCCAAAUUCUGAGGGAAUCCAUCUUGACCAUUAUGAAUAGUUAGGAAGUGAAGAUAUACUUGAUAGAUGAAGAAAAGAAGGAACUCUACUCUCGAUAAGAUAAUCACAAGUACUAAAUUGGAGAAGGUUUGGUUGGAUACGUGGCUGAAACCAAACAAAUCUUGAAUCUGAAAAAAGCUAAAUAUGAUACUAGAUUCGCCCCUAUUGAUUCAAAUGUGAUCCUGGCAGCUCCAAUAUUGGAUAAUCAAAAGUGUUAUGGAGUCAUUGUCUGUCAAGAAAAGAAGAAUGCAGGUAUCUACUCUGAAGAAGAUGAAUCCUUGUUAUAAUUGUUAUCAGAAUAAGGUAAGAUGAUCCUAUGCAAUGUGAUGAAUCACAAUUAAUUAAUGACUGCUGUGAAUAAAUUCAGACAUGCACUCAAAAGUAGUAUACAAUUCAUACAAUUGAAAAGUCAAACCUUGUUAGUCCAACAUGCCUAAAAGAGAUUAAAAGAAAUGAUGAAUAGCGAGAUUGCAACUAUUAAAUUGGUAGACAACAUAGAAGGAUAAGGAAUCAUGGGGGAAGCUAUCUUAAAUAAGUCAAUAACAUAUCAUCACAAUGCAUAUAACAGUUAGUCUUUCAAUCCUAAUAUUGAUCUAAACACAUCAUUGCCAAUAUUUACACUCCCUGUCAUCUGUAAUAAAUAAGUAGUGGCUUGUGCGUAAUUUACCUAAGUUCGAGGACUGGUCCAACAAUCAUCAUUAUCUUCGAUAGAGCAGGAAGUCUUGGAAUUGUUUCUAUAAUCGUUCGGCUAUCUAAUAAGUAAAUGA